CCGCCGGGAGAGGGGCGGGGCUUAGUUGAAUAAUAACAGCAGUCAUAGCAGCUCUCUCCCUUGAAAGCCCAGAGAAGCCAAGCAGAGAGGAGAAGGGCCUGCUAUUGCUUACUCUGGUCACUAGAGAGAGAGAGAGAGAAAGAGAGAGAAUACCACACUGAGAUGGUAAAACACAGUCACCAGCAAGUGGUCAGCUGCCAAUACCCUAUCUGAAUAACAAGAUCAUUGCUUACUGACUGAAGCUUUAAAAAAAUUGGGAGACGUUGCGUUGGAGGACAAGUAUUCUGUGCCAAGAUGCCAUCUAUCAGUAAGGCCAACUCUUGGAACACUUCACUGCUACCAGACCUACCCAAGGGACCACUCUGUGCUUACCGGAAAAAGGCAUCCUUUAAUUGGAAAGAGAUGGCAUUAUUCAUAGAGGGUGAAGAUCUCGUCCAUUUUAAGAAUAAAAUAUUCUCAGCUCUUGAAAAUGAUCCUCUCUUUGCUCAUCGUGCUGGAGAAGAAUUAUCUCUCGAGAAGUAUCGUGAGUUAACCUUCCUUCGCUCUAGAAGACUCUUUGAAUAUGAUUUUCUAAGGCUUGAAGAGCUGAUGGAGAAACCGUUAAAACUUGUGGCACUGAUUACCUGCCUUGGAAUGUAUGAUUGGUCCCUUGGGGCGAAAUAUUUGCUAAAUACCCAGGUGUUCAAAGGUGCAAUUGAGAGUGCUGGCCAUGGAAAACAUGCUGAAGUCCUUCAACAAAAUGGAAAUAUGGAGAAUUUUGGAUGUUUUGCACUGACUGAACUCAGCCAUGGCAGCAAUACUAAGAAUAUGCGGACUACAGCUAGAUAUGAUCCAACCACACAGGAAUUCAUUAUUCACUCACCUGAUUUUGAAGCUGCCAAAUUUUGGGUUGGUAACAUGGGGAAAAAUGCAACACAUGCAGUUGUGUUUGCACAGUUGUAUACACCAGAUGGACAGUGCCAUGGAUUACAUUCCUUCAUUGUACAGAUUCGUGAUCCAAAAACACUUCUUCCUAUGCCCGGGGUACUGGUGGGUGAUAUAGGCAGGAAACUUGGACAGAAUGGUUUAGAUAAUGGGUUUGCCAUGUUUCACCAUGUGAGGAUACCCAAGGAGAACUUACUGAACCAAACUGGAGAUGUCACAGCUGCGGGGGCAUAUACAAGUACUUUCAAGGAUCGCAAGCAACGUUUAGGAGCUUCUCUUGGUGGUUUGUCCAAUGGAAGAGUGAUGAUUAUAUCCAUGUCUGUGGUCAAUUUAAAGCUUGCCAUAUCAAUAGCUAUUCGCUUCUCAGCUACCCGGCGACAGUUUGGACCAACAGAUGAUGAAGAAAUCCCAGUUCUUGAGUAUCAAAUGCAGCAAUGGCGUUUGCUUCCUUAUUUAGCAGCAGCUUAUGUCUUAGAUUAUUUUGCUAAGACAUUGUUCAUUAACUCCAUGGAAUUCCACAUAGGCCUCCUCAUGAAGGACAAGAGUCCACAACAGAUGGAACUUGGAAAGGAGAUACAUGCCUUAUGUACUUCAGGCAAACCAUUGGCUUCCUGGCUUGCUCAACGAGGAACUCAAGAAUGUCGAGAAGCUUGUGGAGGACAUGGCUAUCUGGCCAUGAAUCGUCUGGGUGAUAUCCGUAAUGACAACGACCCAAACUGCACAUAUGAAGGUGACAACAAUGUUCUUCUACAGCAAACUAGCAACUACUUAAUAGGCUGGAUAAAUGGAAGACAACAAGACAAAGGAUCUAUUACAACACCACUGGGAUCAGUAAAUUUUUUGGAAGACUAUGACCAUAUUCUUUGUCAGAAAUUCAUAGUGUCAGAUGUUGAAGACUGCUUGGAUUCUUCAGUACCUUUAAGAGCAUACAAGUGGCUUGUUUGUUACUUGCUCCGAGAGUGUGUCCAAAAACUAAGAAACCAGGAAAAAUCUGGUUAUUCUGAAUUUGAAGCAAGGAACAACAGCCAGGUGUACUACUGUCAUUCCUUAGCUAUAGCUUUCAUUGAACACGUCGUUUUGCAAAGAUAUCAUGAAUAUGUUCACAGCUCCAAAACACCAGCUAGCCUUCAACCAGUACUGAAACAGAUCUGUUCACUCUAUGGACUGUGGUCUUUAAAUAAGCACAUGGCGGUGCUUUACCAAGGGGGCUACAUCACAGGUGAAAAUGCUGGUAGAUUUGUACAAGAUGCAAUCCUAGAACUUUGUUCAAAGUUGAAGCAAGAGGCUGUGGCUUUGGUAGAUGUUAUUGCUCCUCCUGACUUCAUUCUCAACUCACCGAUUGGAAGGGCUGAUGGAGAGCUUUAUAAAAACCUAUGGAGCAGUGUUCUUCAAGGUGAGAAGGUGUUAGAGAGACCAUCCUGGUGGCCAGAAUUUUGCAAUAACAAACCUGUUGUAGGUCGAUUGAGGUCAAGAAUGUAAAUAGAAAAAUACUUUGGUACAGACCAGGAAGAGCCUGGAUGAUUAAUUCUGAUCUAACUUUACAAGGCUAAAGGAUCAUGCGAUUUUAUAAAAUGAAUUUAUAAAGAAAAUACUUACAAUAACAGGCUUUGAAAUAUUAUUUCAGCUCAUUUUCAGGGCUGUUAGCACAGUCAAGAUGAAUGCAGCCCAUUGUGGGUGCAAUUUCCACUUGUGUCAUUGAGUGAAGCCUUAUGGGAAUGGCAUUUUGUCCAGAUGGGCUACCCUGUGUUACUUCUGUUUCAGUUGAUCAUAGCUGAUGUCUGACAUUUAAUUCCUUUGUUUUCAAUAACUAACUCUUAAGUGUGAAAAUAGUUACAACAUAAUAAAAGAAAAUGAUGUCCACAUGAAGUCAGCUAAAUUUUCUGUUGAUUUUAAGCGUUCAAGUAACCAGCACUGGGAAAAUGUACAUGGAUUGUACAGUUAAUAAAAUGUUGUUAUUCUUUCAGCAUAGAUCAGAUGAGAACUGAUUUUGAUUAACAGUCAUUUUUUCCAUCUCUAUCAAGUAUUCAUUCUCUUGUUUCAUGUAUGUUUUAAUUAAUGUUAAUGGUGCUUUUUAUUUUUAAAAAAAUCAAUAAAUUGUCUCUAGCAUUGUACACUGUAAUUAUAGUUGUGGCUUCUUUCUGAAUGCCACAGACUUAAUACCCAUUAAAUGUGAAUGUUGUAAUAUAUGUAACUAAACUCUUACCUGCUAAGUAAUUGUGAGAAUUUGUUUUGUGCUGACUCAGUGGCGUAUAUAUUGAUAAAAAUGUUUUAAUACAGUUUUAAAACUUCAAAA